UGGAAAACUAGCUACUAUUAAGCCGAUUAUGAAUAUCAUAGCCGCUAUAGGUGAAGUAUUUAUGUAACAGGCUAUACGGCUGGGAGAGUUGAUUGAUUUGAUCAAAGAGCGGUAUCUGCAAGGGGUCACAAACGCAGACUUCUGUAUAGCAAGCAACAUAGUUAAGCUAACGUUGCCAGUUAGCUAGCUGGGCAUGUGAAUUUGAAAUGAACUCUGCGUGUCGUCAGCAGCAAAAUUAUUUACCUAUACUUGCUAGCUAGCGGGUAAACUCUUUUGUAUGUUUGUAGCAAAUGACGGAUAGCAUUUUUACGAAAGUGCUGCUGUUUCCAUUCGAGUGAAGUAUUAAGACUAAUCGGACGUGUCAAGCAACAAAAGGCAUUUGAAACAUGACUGUGAAUAUGUGGCUUCUGUUUUCACUGUUGGUCGUGUCACGCGGAGUAACAGCUGACGUGGAAGAGCCGAAUGAUACACCUGAAGGCAAGUCGUUUCACAGUCAGAGCAAAGAGGAUGAGGAGGUACCAGUGGGGCCAAGGAUCGUGGCUGGGCAGGUGUUCACCAGGGAAGAUUUGUCCCAGGACAAGGGGCAGAGUGAAGACACCCAGAAAGAGUCAGACAGCAUCGUGGAAGGGGUAGAGAAGGAAGAGCUCCCUUCUCAGCCUGCUCCUAAAGAUGAGAAGCCAAAGGACGUUCCUGUGGUGGUUGGAGGCACAUCAGCUGGGGAGCGCUGCCUCUUCCCCUUCCUCUUUUUGGGGAAGGAGUAUUCAGAGUGCACUACAGAGGGACGGGGUGAUGGCAGACUGUGGUGUGCCACCACCUACAACUACGACAGCGACAAGAGAUGGGGCUUCUGUGAAACGGAGGAACAGGCUGAGCAGAGGCGGCAGGCUGAGGAGGCAGAAGAGCUGUAUCAGAAGGCUAUCAAGAUCAUCAAUGGAACCAGCAAGAAGAGGCUGAAGAAAGAAGAGUAUAAGACACUGAUGAAAGCAGCUGGAAUGGGUCACACCAAGGCUAUGGAGAAGGUGGCGUAUGCCAUGCUCUUUGGAGACUACCUGACCCAGAACAUCCGACAAGCCAAGGACAUGUUUGAAAAGCUGGCAGUGGAGGGCUCCCCCAAAGCUCAAACGGCUCUUGGCUUCCUUUAUGCUUCUGGGCUAGGAGUGAAUUCAAGCCAGGCAAAGGCACUGGUGUACUACACCUUCGGGGCCUUGGGUGGAAACCUAGUGGCUCACAUGAUUCUGGGUUACAGAUACUGGGGAGGCAUCGGGGUGUCUCAGAGUUGUGAGUCUGCACUGACACACUACAGACUGGUGGCAAACCAUGUGGCCAGUGACAUCUCCUUGACUGGGGGCAGCGUGGUGCAAAGGGUGCGGCUGCUGGACGAGGUGGAGAACCCCGGGACGUCCAGCGGGAUGCUGGAAGAGGACCUCAUCCAGUACUACCAGUUCCUGGCGGAGAAGGGGGACGUGCAGGCGCAGGUGGGUCUUGGACAGCUGCACCUGCAUGGGGGACGUGGAGUGGAGCAGAACCACCAGAGGGCCUUUGAGUACUUCAACCAGGCGGCCAAUGCAGGGAACACUCAUGCCAUGGCCUUCCUCGGCAAGAUGUACUCGGAGGGCAGUGAGGCCGUGCCACAGAACAAUGAGACGGCUCUGCAGUACUUCAAGAAGGCGGCCGAACUGGGCAACCCGGUGGGUCAGAGUGGCCUGGGCAUGGCUUACCUGUAUGGGAGAGGGGUCCCUGUGAAUUAUGACCUGGCGCUGAAGUACUUCCAGAAGGCCGCAGAGCAGGGCUGGGUUGACGGACAGCUGCAGUUAGGCACCAUGUACUACAGUGGCAUAGGAGUUAAGCGCGACUACAAGCAGGCCCUGAAGUACUUCAACCUGGCGUCCCAGGCCGGCCACAUCCUGGCAUUUUAUAACCUGGCUCAGAUGCACGCCACCGGCACGGGGGUGAUGCGCUCCUGCCACACAGCUGUGGAGCUGUUCAAGAAUGUGUGUGAGCGCGGCCGCUGGUCCGAGAGGCUGAUGACGGCCUACACGAGUUUCAAAGAAGGGGAAUCGGACUCUGCUGUGGUGCAGUACCUGAUGCUGGCUGAGCAGGGCUAUGAGGUAGCCCAGAGCAACGUGGCCUUCAUCUUGGACCAGAAAGAUGCAAAACUCUUCAGCAAGAAUGAGACAUACCCACGAGCUCUGUUGCACUGGAACAGAGCUGCUGCCCAAGGGUACACAGUGGCCAGGAUCAAACUGGGCGACUACCACUUCUACGGCCACGGCACAGACGUGGACUACGAGACGGCAGUGAUCCACUACAGACUGGCGUCAGAGCAGCAGCACAGUGCACAGGCCAUGUUCAACCUGGGCUACAUGCACGAGAAGGGGCUGGGCAUCAAGCAGGACAUCCACCUGGCAAAGCGGUUCUAUGACAUGGCGGCCGAGGCCAGUCCAGACGCCCAGGUGCCGGUCUUCCUGGCUCUGUGCAAGCUGGGAAUUAUCUACGCUGUGCAGUACCUGCAGGAACUCAAUGUGAAAGAGCUCCUUUCCCAGGUGGAUUUGGACCAGCUGCUGGGUCCAGAAUGGGACCUUUACCUCAUGACCAUCAUCGCCCUCCUGCUGGGCACCGUCAUCGCGUACCGCCAGAGGCAGCACCAGGCCAUCCCCCGGCCCCUGGCCCCCCAGGGGCCACCGGCCCAGCCUGCGGAGCCCCAGCCCGCAGAACCCCAGCCCGAACAGCAGCAGCAGCAGCAGUGAGGCUGCGGGGCAGGGCCCUAACCACCUCAACCACACUGACUCUACUGUGAAACAGGAGGAGCUCCCUGUAAGGGCCCCUCCUCCUGAUUUGCUAAGACUGCUUGGAAAACCCGAGACUUGUUCUCUGUGGGGAGGAGAGGUGAAGUGGGCCACUUAGAGGGGUAUAGAGGACAACAAUCAAACAGCAACAGAAAUAACUUGAACCUCUUGAAGGGUGUUUCUCAGGGUUCGGCCAUCAAGGCUUUCUUCUUCUGAUGGCCAUAAGCGUAAUCGGGGUGGGUGUUUGUUCAUCACCUGG